AUGACCUGUGGAUUCAGUGGUCGUACCUGCAUCACCGCCGCCCCCUACCGCGGCAUCUCCUGCUACCGAGGCCUCUCGGGGAGCUUCAGCAGCCACAGCACCUGCAGCGCCAUCCGCUCUGGCUCUGGUGGACGCAGCUUUGGCUACCGCUCUGGAGGUGUGUGCGGGCCCAGCCACCCCAGCAUCACCUCCGUGUCUGUCAACGAGAGCCUGCUCAAGCCACUCAACCUGAAGAUGGACCCCAACGCGCAGAGUGUAAAGCAAGAGGAGAAGGAGCAGAUCAAGGGUCUCAACAGCAAGUUUGCUGCCUUCAUUGACAAGGUGCGCUUCCUGGAGCAGCAGAACAAACUGCUGGAGACCAAGUGGCAGUUCUACCAGAACCGCAAGGGCGGAGAGAGCAACCUGGGGCCCCUGUUCGAGGGCUUCAUCGAGACGCUGAGGCAAGAGGCUGACAGUGUGGAGGCCGACAGUGGGAGACUGACCUCAGAACUCAACCACGUGCAUGAGGUGCUGGAGGGCUACAAGAAGAAGUACGAGGAGGAAGUGGCUCUGAGGGCUUCAGCAGAGAAUCAAUUUGUGGCUCUGAAGAAGGAGGUAGACUGUGCCUAUCUUCGCAAGUCAGAUCUUGAGGCCAAUGUGGAGUCUCUGACCCAGGAGAUUGACUUCCUGCGACAUCUGUAUGAGGAGGAGAUCCGGGUUCUCAACUCCCACAUUUCAGACACCUCCGUCGUGGUCCAAAUGGACAACAGCCGAGACCUCAACAUGGACUGCAUCAUCGCCGAGAUCAAGGCUCAGUAUGAUGACAUCGCUAGCCGAAGCAGGACUGAGGCUGAGUCCUGGUACCGCAGCAAGUGCGAGGAGAUGAAGGCCACAGUGACCCGGCACGGGGAGACUCUUCGCCGCACCAAGGAGGAGAUCAACGGGCUCAACCGCAAGAUCCAGAGGCUGACGGCUGAGGUGGAGAAUGCCAAGGGCCAGAAUUCUAAGCUGGAGGCUGCCGUGACCCAGUCUCAGCAGCAGGGCGAGGCAGCCCUCAGCGAUGCCAGUUCCAAGCUGGCCGGGCUGGAGGAGGCCCUGCAGAAGGCCAAGCAGGACAUGGCCCGCCUGCUCAAGGAGUACCAGGAGGUGAUGAGCUCCAAGCUGGGCCUGGACAUUGAGAUCGCCACCUACCGGCGCCUGCUGGAGGGCGAGGAGCACAGACUGUGUGAAGGCGUUGGAGCUGUGAAUGUCCGUGUUAGCAGCUCCCAGGGCGGAGAUCUCAGUGCAUCCGGAUCCAAGCCGGUGACCGGCAGCGCCCCCAGCGGCGGCAAGCGGGCUAUGAGCACUAUGAAGAGCUCACUAUGUGGUCCUUCCAAUUCCAACAGCUCUGGUAGCCGGGGUACCAGCAGUGAGUCCUCCUUUGGUGGGAACCGAGACAUGAGCACCCGGAAGAGCUCCCCCUGCGGUCCUUCCAAUUCCAAUAGCUCUGGUAGCCGGGGUACCAGCAGUGAGUCCUCCUUUGGUGGGAACCGAGACAUGAGCACCCGGAAGAGCUCCCCCUGCGGUCCUUCCAAUUCCAACACCUCUGGUAGCCGGGGUACCGGUGGUGUGGGUUCCAGUGGCUUCAGCUCUGGUAGUAUGGGUUCCUACGCCAGGAGCUCCCGGAAGUGUUAG